GGCUGUCGGGCGGCCGGGCUCGUCUGGCGCCGUCCCCGCCCGGCCUGCGCGUGGGGUCGCGGCGGCCCCGGACGCGCUGCCUGUGGCGGCGCGGCGCGUUAUGUAACAGACACGCUCGGGGUUUGGCCCGACAGGAAACUCCCGCGAGUGGGGCCGCGCCGGGAGCGCUCCCGACCGAGCCCGGGCGGCCCCGCGCGCCCUCGGCGGUUGGGGACAGGGACGGCGGGAUCGCGCUGCCGGCUUCCGGGCGGGUUUGCAGUGAGCCCCCGAAGUGGACUUGCGCCCGGCUGCCCCGGGCCCGGCUGCGAGAAGCAACUUUGCCGAGGUGUAACUUGCGGACAGUACCGCUCCCGCGAGCGCGCAGUCGGGUCCUGGCCAAUGUAUACGCGCCCAGGAGGCCGCCCCCGUCGGAAGCAUCCCCGCCGCCCCACAGAGUUCGCCCCGGCCCGGUCUCCAGGGAGUCAGUACCAAAUGAGGAGGAAAGGACGAUGUCAUCGAGGCGCUGCAGCAAGGCACCCUUCCUCCCCGUGCAGUACUAAACACUCCCCCACGCGGGAGACCCUGACCUACGCACAAGCCCAGAGGAUGGUUGAGAUAGAGAUUGAGGGUCGCUUGCAUAGGAUCAGUAUUUUUGAUCCGUUGGAGAUCAUAUUAGAAGAUGACCUCACUGCUCAAGAAAUGAGUGAAUGCAACAGCAAUAAAGAAAAUAGUGAGAGGCCCCCUGUGUGCCUAAGAACUAAGCGUCACAAAAACAACAGAGUGAAAAAGAAAAAUGAAGCCCUUCCCAGUGCCCACGGUAUGCCAGCCUCAGCCAGUGCGCUUCCUGAGCCCAAGGUGCGGAUCGUGGAGUACAGCCCUCCCUCUGCCCCCAGGAGACCCCCUGUCUACUACAAGUUUAUUGAGAAGUCGGCUGAGGAGUUGGACAACGAAGUGGAGUAUGACAUGGAUGAGGAGGACUAUGCUUGGCUGGAGAUCGUCAAUGAGAAGCGGAAGGGCGACUGUGUUUCAGCCGUGUCACAGAGUGUGUUUGAGUUCCUGAUGGACCGCUUCGAGAAGGAGUCGUACUGUGAGAACCAGAAGCAGGGGGAGCAGCAGUCCCUAAUCGACGAGGAUGCUGUGUGCUGCAUCUGCAUGGACGGCGAGUGCCAGAACAGCAAUGUGAUUCUGUUUUGCGACAUGUGCAACCUGGCCGUGCACCAGGAGUGUUAUGGGGUGCCCUACAUCCCCGAGGGCCAGUGGCUCUGCCGACACUGCCUGCAGUCCCGGGCCCGGCCUGCCGACUGUGUGCUGUGCCCAAAUAAGGGAGGUGCCUUCAAAAAGACAGACGACGACCGCUGGGGCCACGUGGUGUGUGCCCUGUGGAUCCCGGAGGUCGGCUUUGCCAACACGGUAUUCAUAGAGCCUAUCGAUGGCGUGAGGAACAUCCCUCCAGCCCGGUGGAAACUGACGUGCUACCUCUGUAAGCAGAAGGGUGUGGGUGCCUGCAUCCAGUGCCACAAGGCAAACUGCUACACAGCAUUCCAUGUGACAUGUGCCCAGAAGGCUGGCCUCUACAUGAAAAUGGAGCCCGUGAAAGAACUGACUGGCGGUGCGACGACCUUCUCUGUUAGAAAGACCGCUUACUGUGAUGUCCACACACCCCCGGGCUGCACCCGGAGGCCUCUGAACAUUUAUGGGGAUGUCGAAAUGAAAAAUGGUGUUUGUCGAAAAGAGAGCUCAGUCAAAACGGUCAGGUCCGCUUCCAAGGUCAGGAAGAAAGCAAAGAAAGUGAAGAAGACAAUGAGCGAGCCCUGUGCGGUGCUGCCGCCUGUGUGCGCUCCGUAUAUUCCCCCUCAGAGGUUAAAUAGGAUUGCGAAUCAGGUGGCCAUUCAGCGGAAGAAGCAGUUUGUUGAGAGAGCCCACAGCUACUGGCUACUCAAAAGGCUGUCCAGAAAUGGCGCCCCCCUGCUGCGGCGACUCCAGUCCAGCUUGCAGUCCCACAGAAACACGCAGCAGAGAGAAGAUGACGAGGAGAUUCAAGCCGCCAAAGAGAAGCUGAAGUACUGGCAGCGGCUGCGGCAUGACCUGGAGCGUGCGCGCCUGCUGAUCGAGCUCCUGCGCAAGCGUGAGAAGCUCAAGCGGGAGCAGGUGAAAGUGGAGCAGAUGGCCCUGGAGCUGCGGCUAACCCCGCUCACGGUGCUGCUGCGCUCCGUGCUGGACCAGCUGCAAGAGAAGGACCCGGCUCGCAUAUUUGCCCAGCCGGUGAGCCUGAAGGAGGUACCAGAUUAUUUGGAUCACAUUAAACAUCCCAUGGACUUUGCCACAAUGAGGAAACGGUUAGAAGCUCAAGGGUAUAAAAACCUCACUGAGUUUGAGGAGGAUUUUAAUCUCAUUGUAGAUAACUGCAUGAAGUACAAUGCCAAGGACACGGUGUUUUAUAGAGCCGCAGUGAGACUGCGUGAUCAGGGCGGUGUUGUUCUGAGGCAGGCCAGGCGCCAGGUGGACAGCAUCGGCUUCGAGGAGGCCUCGGGGAUGCACCUGCCUGAGCGGCCUGCUGCAGCCCCUCGGCGGCCUUUCUCCUGGGACGACGUGGACAGGUUGCUGAACCCGGCCAACAGGGCCCACAUGGUCUUGGAGGAGCAGCUGAGAGAGCUGCUGGACAAAUUGGACCUCACGUGCUCCAUGAAGUCCAGCGGGUCAAGGAGCAAGCGGGCCAAGUUACUAAAAAAAGAAAUCGCUCUUCUUCGAAACAAGCUGAGCCAGCAGCACAGCCAGCCCCCGCCUGCAGAAUCAGGUAUUGGAAGCUUUGAAGAGGAAGGUGCUCGGCUGGGGCAGGAGACUGGGGAGGAAGGAGAUAAAUCUCCCCCUAAACUUGAACCAUCAGAUGCAUUACCUCUUCCUUCAAACUCGGAGACUAAUUCAGAACCACCAACCCUCAAACCAGUAGAACUCAACCCAGAGCAGAGUAAACUAUUCAAAAGAGUCACAUUUGAUAAUGAAUCACAUAGCACUUGCACUCAGAGCGCACUGGUAAUCGGACACCCUCCAGAGCCCACCCUCGCCAGUAGUGGCGAUGCGCCGGCGGCGGCGGCCUCCGCAGUGGCGGAGCCAUCAAGCGAUGUAAACAGACGCACUUCUGUUCUCUUCUGCAAAUCGAAAAGUGUAAGCCCCCCAAAGUCUGCCAAGAACACUGAAACCCAGCCAACUUCUCCUCAGCUAGGGACCAAAACCUUUUUGUCUGUAGUCCUUCCGAGGUUGGAGACUCUUCUGCAGCCAAGAAAAAGGUCGCGGAGCACCUGCGGCGACUCCGAGGUGGAGGAGGGGUCCCCGGGAAAGCGCCUGGACACAGGUCUCACCAAUGGCUUUGGGGGUGCGAGGAGCGAGCAGGAGCUGGGCGGCGCCCCGGGGAGGAAAGCAGCACCCCGACGACGCUGUGCCUCCGAGUCCAGCAUCUCCUCCAGCAGCAGCCCACUCUGUGACUCGAGUCUUAGUGCGCCCAGGUGUGGCCGUGGCAAGCCUGCCCUGGUGCGUAGACACACGCUGGAGGACCGCAGCCAGCUCAUCUCCUGCAUCGAGAAUGGGAACUACGCCAGGGCGGCCAGGAUCGCAGCCGAGGUUGGUCAGAACAGCAUGUGGAUUUCAACCGAUGCUGCGGCCUCCGUUCUCGAGCCCCUGAAAGUUGUGUGGGCCAAGUGCAGCGGCUACCCCUCGUACCCAGCCCUGAUUAUUGACCCCAAGAUGCCACGCGUGCCUGGCCACCACAAUGGAGUCACCAUCCCGGCCCCGCCGUUGGACGUGCUGAAGAUCGGUGAGCACAUGCAGACCAAGGCAGAUGAGAAGCUCUUCCUCGUUCUCUUCUUCGAUAAUAAGAGGAGCUGGCAAUGGCUCCCCAAGUCCAAAAUGGUUCCCCUUGGUAUUGACGAGACAAUAGACAAGUUAAAAAUGAUGGAAGGGAGGAACUCCAGCAUCCGAAAGGCCGUCAGGAUCGCCUUCGACCGUGCCAUGAACCACCUGAGCCGUGUGCAUGGGGAGCCAGCCAGCGACCUCAGUGACAUUGACUGACGUCACCUCUGCGGCCUUGUCCAUAGUGUUGAUAAGUGUACAUAUUUGUAUAUUGUUCAAAACUUAACUUAUUCUGAUUUUUAGGCGUAGUUCUUUAAUUCUUUUGCCCUGGGGAGGUGGGGGAGGUUUUAUUUCCAAGUUUUCUAUGAAACCAUCCCCGUCUGGGCACUCUGUGAAUGGCGUGGGCGCGUCUUCCAAGCGCGACUCUGUGCCCAUCACAGGUCACACCGGAGGGUGCUGCUUAUGUCACUUUCUUUGAUCUGUAGCUUUUUUUUGAAAGACUUUUGAAUGUUUAAUAAUUUUGUAAAUCAUACUCUUUACACAGAGUACCACUUAUUUAAUAAGACGGGAUGUAAAUUUACAAUGACAAAUGUGUAUUUUAAGAAAGAAAAUGACGUUAUUUUGAAGGUACUUUGUGGAAAGAGGUGAAGAAUAAAUUUAUGCCGUGUACAUCAUUUGCAAAUCACCAAAAACACUCCGCCGCCCCCGUGAGGGCCGGGCGGGCGCUUCCUCUGGGUGUUGCCAUCCUCCUUCCCUCCCUCUUCCGCUGCCUCCUCCUCUUCCUCCUUGUCCACCCGCCAGCCUCUGCCCGUCCACCCCAGCCUCCCAUGGGUGUGCCUCCCAGCGGAUUAUUUAUUGUAGAAAGUGUAUUCAUUUGCUUUAUAAUGAAAGAUAAAUUUGCAAAAAUAUAUUGAUAUGCAUUUUUAUACAGGCACAUAAAAAUUCAGCUUGCUUUGGGAGCAGGAUGUGUUGGUUGUUGUAUAAAUGACUGGCUGUGUGUUCUUUGAUUUUGUAACUUGUAAUCUUUUGUUUACAAUGAGGGGCUUUCUGUAACUUGUUUUAAUUUAGAACUCUUUGGUAGCAAUAGAAACUUUGGAUACAUUUUUGUAUGGUACAUGUGAUGUAUAUAGAAUUAGUACUUUAUUUUUAUUUUUAAGAGGUAAAGCAUUAUGUUAGGGGAAAAGGUAGGGUGGGUUUCCAAAAUUUCAUUUUUUAUAUUAAAAAAUAAAGUGAAGAUUUGGACAGUGUGGCCAUUUUAUUCCUGUAUGAGCGGAACGCUUGGCGGGGGUGUGCCUGGAGGCUGGGAGAGGGCGAGGAUCCCCGUGGCCUGUCCCCAGCCAGCUCAUCGAGGCGUGUGACAUGCCUUCAUCUUAAGAUUUUCAUGGGAUGGCAUUAUUUAUUAUUUUACCUAAUCAUAUUUUUAUUUCAAAGUAAUAGUUUAAAGUCUUUAAAUGUUUCCUUUUCAGUCUCCGUUGUUUGUAAUAUCUCCAUAGAAACUUGGAAAUAAAACAUCUGCCUUUG